GGAGCUCAGAAGUACAUCUGGUGUCUUCACAUUUUAAAGCAGAUGAUCAUGUUGUCACACAAGAUACCUAUGAAAAACAUGCCAUUAUCACAGAUGUACCCUCUGACAUUCACAGCAAAAAUCCAUCAUCUGAUGCUAUGAAAAACACGGAGAAGCCAUUUUCAUGUCCAGAAUGUGGGAAAUGUUUUGCUUUAAAAAACACUCUUGUUACGCACCAGAGAAUUCACACAGGAGAGAAGCCAUAUUCAUGUUCGGAAUGUGAGAAAUGUUUUGCUUGGAAAUCAGAUUUUGUUAGGCAUAAGAGAAAUCAUACAGGGGAGAAGCCGUUUUCAUGUUCAUAUUGCGGGAAAUGUUAUAACCAGAAAUCAGAUCUUGUUAUACAUCAGAGAUGCCACACUGGGUCGAUGCUAUUUACAUGUACAGAAUGUAAUAAAGGUUUCAUCCAGAAAUCUGAUCUUGUUAAACAUCAGAGAAUUCACACAGGGGUGAAGCCAUUUUCAUGUUCAGAAUGUGGUAAGUGUUUUACGUUGAAAUCAAAUCAUCUUAAACAUGAGAGACGUCACACGGGGGACAAGCCGUUUUCAUGUUCAGAAUGUGGGAAAAAUUAUAGUUCUAAAUCAGCUCUUCUCAUUCAUCAGAGAAUUCACACAGGAGAGAAGCCAUUUUUAUGUUUAGAAUGUGGGAAAUGUUUUAACAAGAAAUCAAAUCUUGUUACACAUAAGAGAACUCACACAGGGGAGAAGCCAUUCUCAUGUUCAGAAUGUGGGAAAUGUUUUAACAGGAAAUUACAUCUUGUUACACAUCAGAUAAUUCACACAGGAGAGAAGCCUUUCUCAUGUUCAGAAUGUGGGAAAUGUUUUAACAGGAAAUUACAUCUUGUUACACAUCAGAGAAGUCACACAGGAGAGAAGCCAUAUUCAUGUUCAGAAUGUGGGAAAUGUUUUACUUGGAAAUCAGAUGUUGUUAAACAUCAGAGAAGUCACACAGGGGAAAAGCCAUAUUCAUGUUCAGAAUGUGGGAAAUGUUUUCCUUGGAAAUCAGAUGUUGCUAAACAUCAGAGAAGUCACACAGGGGAGAAGCCAUAUUCAUGUUCUGAAUGUAGGAAAUGUUUUACCCACAAGUCAGCGCUUGUUAGACAUCAGAGGAGUCACACAGGGGAGAAGCCAUUUUCAUGUUCAGAAUGUGGGAAAUGCUUUACUUCGAAAUCAAAUCUUGUUACACAUCAGAUAAUUCACACAGGAGAGAAGCCAUAUUCAUGUUCAGAAUGUGGGAAACGUUUUAACAGGAAAUCAAAUCUUGUUACACAUCAGAUAAUUCACACAGGAGAGAAUUCAUGUUCUUAAUGCGGGAAAUGUUUUAAAUGGAAAUCAAAUUUUGUUAGAAUAAGAGAAUGUACACAAAGGAAAAGCCAUUUUUAUGUCCCGAAUUUGGGAAAUAUUUACCCACAAAUCAAAUUUUUCUAAACAUCAAAGAACUCACACAGGGGGAGAAACCAUUUUCUUUCGUUAAACUAAAGAAAAAUAUCACUUACAGUCAAAGUAAAGACCUAUCACACCAAGAUUCAUAAAUGAUGAUUAUGAAAUGUAUGUACUGACCAAUCAAUUGCUCUUAUCUAAAAAGCAAAUAUAAUACAGAUAACUCACCUGUAUAUCCACCAUGUGCAGAAAAUAUUUUACAUUCAUUUAUUUAACUAAAUAUUAAAACUU